AUGUCCGUAGAAAAGCAGCUAGAUGCAGCGCAGAAAUUCCUACGAGGAAUUCGGUCUCUGAGCUCCUACGAGGAGAUCAGAGAAAAGCAGGCAUUGGGAGUGCAAAAGGCUUUGGAGAAAGUGCCGGCGUACACCGCUGCCCAAGCGGCUGCGGUGUUGGGCCUCUUGCAGCCUGAUCUUUGGUCCACAUCCCACGUGGAUGCGUUCCAGGAGAAGGUUGCCUUGAAGACGAAGCCGGUGGAGACGGAUCAGCAGCGCGGGUUGGCGCAGGACUUUUCGCUGUUGCCACAUUAUCUAAGUGAUGAUUUGGCGGCUGCGAUUGGUGAUCCAAAUGCAGACGCUGAGCGGCUGCUUUUUCGUCUCUGCCAUCACGCUGCGCAGUUGACGUUGCGCAAUGCUUCUGAGGCGACCAAGGCCACCUUGAUUGUCAUGGCGCAUUGGUCACCAUGUAAGCGUGGUGACUUAGCUCCGAAGCAGCAGUUCAACUUGUUUUGUCGCCACAAGCCGAAGGUGACAAAGUAUUUGAUAGCUCAAGCAGAUGGCAAGUGUCUGGUGGAGCUGCCACCAUCGUGGAAAGAUAUGGAAGCCGAGAUGCUGAAGCGAGUGUUUCCUACGGGGAGACCAGCAGACAUGGGGGAGGUGGCUAAGGAGAUUUGCGAUUUUGUGCGAAGGAUGCCAUUACGAAAAGAUAAUCGGUUGCUGCAGGAGGCUGGUGUCGGUACGACCGUCAUGCCUGCGGCAGGGUUCCCAAGUGGAACUCUAGCUGUGGAUGAUGUGUGUAAGGUGGUUGCAGCCUGCAGCCAAUCUUUGCAAGUGCAGCUGUCGCGAGGCCAGUCAAACCAAUCGAGUGGUUCCGGAGACCGUGUGGCAGCGUCAUCGAGUUUGCUGGCAAUUUGCGAUGGCGCAGCAGAGGAGCCUUCGAAGGCUGUUGCUCCGGAACCGGACCUACGUGGUCCGGAGACUAUGAGCAUUGCAGAACAAUUGGCUGCGCUGCGAGGUGAUAUGGAGAGAAAGGAUGGGAAAGAUUUGGAACGAGACGUAGAAAAGCAGAAGCAUCUCAAAAGACCCGCUUCUGCCAAGAAGCUUGCAGCGGCGCCAAAGCCGAAAGGUAGGCCACGUGCCAAGCCCAAGGCAAAAAGCGCUGCUCGGAAGCCGCGCCAGGAUGUCAUGAAGCGACCUGCGGCUGCGACUACGCGUCGCAGCACAAUGUCUAAGGGAUGUGCGCAGGACGCUCAGAUUGCACGCGGGACUUCCACGGGAAGUCCGAGUACUGGCGCUGUGUCACGCGCAGAGCGUCGGAAGAAUGUCUUGGCGCUGGUUCCGAAGAAGCUGCGUGCGCAAUUCUCUGGUGGCUGUGCGAAGUGCCGGUUUACCAGUGGUUGCACGCCGUCCUGCUGGUUUCAGCGGGGCUUUGCCGACAACAUGCCGCCGAAGGAGACGGAGAAGGAGGAGUCAGAGUACACCUACUGCACGGAAGAAGAACAUGAAGACGAUGAUCCGGUCGAGCCGGAGCCAACGCCGCCUCCGAAGAAAUCUGUGGCUUCGCGAGCACCGGCCCGUAGGUCGUCCAAGGCGGCGUCGCUACCGCCGGCCGCAGAAGCUGCGGCGCCGACGGAGGUACCCGCCAGUUUGCCAGAGGGCCCAGCUAUGCCCAAAGCCAAGGAAUCCAUCAAGUUGGAGCCAGAUUCCUCAAAGGAGAUUCCAGUGAGGUCUCCAGCUUCGUCCCCAGAGUAUGAUCCAUGGGCGACUCCAAAGCCCCAUGCUGACAACCUGAUAGACAUACCCAAAAACAUCAGCCAAGCCCAUGGGUAUGAUGCCAGAAGGCCAGAUGGGUUUGAUAAGCCAGCGACAAAAAGAGCAGCAGCUUUGUUUUUUUGUUGUCCAAAGGCCUGCUUGGCUUCCAUUUGA